ACAGAGGUCAACCUAUCCGCAAGAUACAAAUACACCACACGAGUGCGCGGACGCUGAUUGGGAAUCUGCGGCAUCUGGGUCGACGCCCAAAAGGGUUAUGCCAAUUGUGUUGCUUAUCACAAUUAUUAUUAGAGAACCAAUUUCAUUGUCCUCUUGCAUGUUUUGUCUUCCAUAUUAAAACCAAAAGUUGUUGGGCCGAAAAUGGGGUUUGUGGUAAUAAUUUCACCGAUUUUAGAAUUUUGAGAAGAGAAGUGAAAACAUUUCAAUAAGAGAACGAUGUGCGACUCAAGCCAAGUCUAAAGCAUUGCAUUCUGUGGUUCAAAAGGGGGAAGAGCAAUCGAAACCAAUACAUAAACCUAAUCAGCCCAUAAAGCCUACACUCGAAAUCUGUCUUGGCGUUUGCUAUUGUCUGUAUUCAUUCAACGCACUCAGCAUUAUUCCUAGCCACAAAUGUCCGCUUAAGAUGAAAAGGGAUCGCUUGAAGAGGUAGUACAUAGAACAUUUCGAAAUGGAUCAUAUUUUAGGUAUUCUUUGGCAUUGGCAUGGGAUCUAACGUCGAAAUGAAAUUUAAAAAAAUAAAUGUUUCUCGCAUUUAAAAAAAGUAAAAAGUAAUAAAGAGGGGAAAGGAGAGGCAACUCCAAACAACCUGAAUGUAGGCCGCGAACCAUGAAGAGCUCUGGCGUCGGCACAGAGUGCAGUGAGGCCGAUUUAGAGUCGGAGACAGAUAUGGGUUUUUUGGAGAAGUUUGCCAAGCUGUCAGAUUCGCUGCACGAGAUCGAGCUGCAGCAUCGCUCGGGCUGCAGUCGCCUCUUCAGGGCUACCAAGAUUCAGGAGCACAAUGUGCCCGGGCUGAAGCUCUGCCUCGAGUCUGCUACAGACAUACACACGCUCGAUGACGAUGCAGGCGAUGCCGUGUGCCUGAAGGGAGUGCUGCGACAGCACAGGAUCCAGAUCAUCAGGUUAACCCAGGAGACGGCACCCGCGCAAGAAGAUGCUGAGAAGCGACUGGUUCACUGCAAUCAAUUGCAGGUGGAAAGAGCAGCGAUGCAAAGAGAUAUUAAGCUACUCACAGAAGCGAAUGCUGCCUUGAAGAAAGAACUGGGUGAUGAUGAAGUCUUGACCAUGAGCAUCGAAGUAAAUGAAAAACUGCGAGAAUCAAUGGUAUUUAAACAAACACAUAACAAUUAUCUUAAUCCAUUUUGAUGUGUGUUUUAUGUAUUUUUAAAACGAAAGAGAGGAGCAGUUCAAGAUUCAGCUGAAUGUUAAAGAAGAAGAGAUUUUCCUCCUAGAGUCGAAGUUAAAAUCGAAGGGUGCUGAAGUUGAAGAAAUAAAGGAGAGAUGUCUAAUAAUGCUAAUGAGGCUCGGGAGUCAGAGGCUCAACUCAAGGAAAAGGUAGAAGCUUCUGUGGUCAUCCAGGAUUCGCUAAAAAAAAAAAAUUUGGCUCUGGAUAAAGUAAAUAUAAAGCUUAAGACAUCGGUGGAUAUUUAUCGUCUUAGAUUGGAAAAACCAAACGCCUCUGUGAAUUGCAAGGAAGUGCUGCCAGUUGUCCGCCGCACUGUGGAGGAACUAGGUCCCGUGCAGGAACAUACCUCCAGCACUUGGACCGUUCCUGAAAAGAGGGCUGUGAGUAUUAAGUAAAACCCUCUAAAUUGAAAUGGGAUCUAAUGCUAAAAAUCCUUUCUUGUGCAGAGACCGGCAUGCAUACACCAAGAAUUGCGUAAAAUACAACGCAGAUGCCUUCACGGCUUGCGUCGGAGGAUCGACUGAGCGAAUCAUUUUCAUUUCUAUUAAUUAUUUUUCUUGUUAUUACGCUUAUUUAUUUAUGUAUUAUUAUUAAUCACCAAAUUGGGGCAUUAUUGGAGCAUUAUUAUAGCCACAAUGAAGAAAACUAGGAGUGGCAUGGCCCCAACAGCCUGGCGCUCAAACUUUUGAUAUGUUAAAUAUGAUAAAAUAUGUUAAAGCAAAAUGUAGAACAGAAAUAAAAAACCCAAACUAUUGUCCACUUCGUGGACUGUACUUUUGCUUUGAAAUGCAAGUUUUAACCAAGAGGGACGUGUGCUCAGCGCACGCACAUCCCGUUUGCUCAAAUAUUGUAUCCUAAAGGAGAACGACAGUACAUGAAGUGUACACGAAAGGAGUCCCUCGAGCUAUGGCAGAGGGGACACAGGACAAAUGGUACGAUAUUCGCCCCUACAUAAGUGCAAAUAUAAACUUACAAAAUUAAUUCAAAUAUUUGCAGUG